AUGGCGGCCUCAACUCCUUCAAAUGACCUACCCAAUGGUCCUGAGUUUAUUGACAUUUUAAUACACGAGCUAGCUGGCUUCCAAGCUCCCUCAGCUUGCAUCGGGAUUAACGAGUUGGACACCCCAAGAAGGCAGCAAGUCCACCAAGAGGAUCAACCCCAGAAUCCUCUGGCAAGGCUCGCACCUUCACAACUGGCAAGACUGAAGCCUCUUAUGCUUACUCUACACUGCAUCUUCCCAAAUGAUCUUCUGCCAGCCCUUGAUAUUCUCGAUCGCAGACUGGUGCGGCGGUUUGUGCGGAGUGACAAAAAAGAUGCUGCACCUGCAGAACCUGGUCAAGACCCAACAAUAGCAGCAGAAGGCCAACCUUUGUCGGUUACAAAAAAAACGAAUACAGAUCCCAAGAAUGCCACCGCACCGGAUGAAGACAUGUUUUUUGUCAUUUCCACUUCUGCCAUCCCGCAUCAGCCCGGCACAACGUCGUCGCAUCUUCCUACGCAGGAACAAGAAAAAGGCUACGAAACUCGUCUGCAUGCAUGGAAUUGUACCUGUCCCACCUUCGCCCUGUCAGCUUUCCGAGAUCUAGGAUCACGACUGGGGUGGAUGUCUGCUGCGCAGCGCCCUUCCGACCUGGCGAUUCUGCGUCACCGGGAGAGACCCGUUGACUACCCAUUCGGCGGGACGCUGACCUGUCGUACGGACAGGGUUUCACCCCCAGUGUGCAAGCACAUCUUAGCUUGUGUGCUGUUUGCUCGCUGCCCGGGGUUGUUCGGGUGUGAUGAAGACGGGAGACGGCUUGUUUCGACGGAGGAGAUGGCAGGUUGGUGUGCAGGGUGGGGAGGCUGA